UCAGGCCUGGGCCAACUUCGGGCCUUCAGGUGUUUUGGACUUAAACUCCCACAAUUCCUCACAGUCUCAGGCCCUUUCCUUUCCCCCCUCAGCCGCUUACGUGAUGCGGCGGCAAAAAAGCCAGUGGGAUUUUGACCUACAUCAAUAGGAGUAGAUCCAGGGAAGUCAUGCUCCCCCUCUAUUCUGCCUUGGUCAGACCACACCUGGAAUACUGUGUCCAAUUCUGGGCACCACAAUUAAAGAAAGAUAUUGACAAGCUGGAAUGUGUCUAGAGGAGGGUGACUAAAAUGAUCAAGGGUCUGGAGAACAAGGCCUAUGAGGAGCGGCUUGAAGAGCUGGGAGUGUUUUGCCUGCAGAAGAGAAGGCUGAGAGGAGACAUGAUGAGGGCCAUGUAAAAAUAUGUGAGAGGAAGUCAUAGGGAGAAGGGAGCAAGCUUGUCUGCUUCCCUGAAGACUAGGAUAUAGAAUAAUGACUUCAAACUUCACUUGAACAUUGGGAAAAAGUUUCUGACUGUGAGAGUGGUUUAGCAGUGGAACUCUCUACCCUGCAGUGUGCUGGAGGCUUCUUCUUUGGAGGCUUUUAAGCAGAGGCUGGACGGUCAUCUGUCAGGGGUGCUUUGAAUGUUGAUUUUCCUGCUUCUUGGCAGAGGGUUGGACUGGAUGGCCAACGAGGAUGGAGAGCUUUAAGGACAUGGAAAACAAACUCCUUCAGCAGCCUUGGGCUUCGGUGUGCUUUGCUGAAUCCACUACACUGAUGGUCAAGGCAUGGUUUGGAGAUGCUGGCUAUGCCUUACUCCUCUCCGAUCUCAGCAAUAUGUGGUGUGAAACUGCAGAUACCGAGGUGAUACAACAGAGGUCAAAGGAGCUAAACAAGAGGUUGACAGCUCAUGCGUCCUCCUUUCUGAGCCACCUGCAAGCUCUGAUAUGUCCCCUCCUGGAUGGGGAAAAGAAGGGUGCAACCUCUUUUUCCUGCCAACGGAGUUCCAGCAUGCUGACUCUUCACGUGAAGAGUGAGCUCUCAGGACUGCCUUUCUACUGGGACUUUCACUGUUCAGCUGUGCCUGUUGAAAUGAUGUCUCACCACCUUGUGCGGCCCCUGAUGGCAAUGAGCCUGGUGUUGCAGUGUCAGGUGCGGGAUUUGGCAUCCUUGCUACGCCAGAAGGAUGCUGAGAUUGAAGACUACCGGGAGAGCGGGGCUGCUCUCAGCCGAGAGCGUCUCAAGACAGAACCUUUCAAGGAAGAAUCUUUCCUCCAGACAUUUCAGUCUCAGAUUUUGCCCCAAGCUUGCCAGCUAGGAGAUGGAAAACUAUUUACUUCCAAUCUAAAAGAGCUCUACAUGGCGGUGACACAAGAGCAGGCCAGGGCAACUUGCAAACGGCACCGAGAAGCCUCAGGAGACUCUGAGAGCCUUGAACGUCUUAGCCCCCAGGACCUUGCUCAAGGCGGGGCUGUGGAUUUACCAUCUGAGGAGAAGACAGGGUCCAAUCUAGUGACUGAACAGACUGACCAAGACACAAUGGCCCCAUCCUCCCAGACGCAGAAGACUCAGCUGCCCACUGCUAAGACCAAAAAGAAGAAAGCAAAAGGGUUGUUUGGCUGAUGCAGAUGACCUGUUUCACAGCGAGAGGAUGUUGCUCCAGGAAGAUGGAGCUUCGCUGCACAGAUGUGUGAACCACUUCGCUGCACAGAUGUGUGAAUCUGCCCACUUUACCUUUUCUGAAAGGAUAGUUGGGGAGUAUCCCAGCCUGCCCCAUACUUGUCUCCUGCUUACUCUUUCACUUUCAGCACAAAGAAGUUUGAAGGUGAUAUAGGAAAUAAUAAGCAUGAACAAUGGGAGAAGGUCAAAAAAUGGAAGUAACUGGAGUGUCCAUGCUUAUCCCAUUGAUAAAAUAAAUUCCUACUUUAUUAAUGUGUGUAAUAAAAGACUUUGGGUACAAGAAA